UGCUCGUGCAUGCCGCAGGGGCAAAAUGAAGAGGAGAGGAGCUGGGGAGAGAGAGAAAGAGGCGAAGAAGCAGAAGCUCCUUGAAGAACUUGGAGGGAGCCGUCUUCCGUAUUUGACGCCGAAGGAUGAUGGCUUCUAUGAACUGUGGAAGAGAAAAUAUUGUAAACUUAUCCUCAGAAGUGCCGAGAAGAUACCCCAAGAUAUCCACGAGGGAGUUCAGGAAGCUUUUUUUACUUUACGAAAAUUCGGCUGUUUCUUCAAGGACCUUGUGAGGAUCAAAGAGAAAGACUAUUUGACCCCAGUGUCUCGAAUUUUAAUUGGAAACCCAGGAUGUACUUACAAAUAUUUGAACACGAGGUUAUUUACAGUCCCUUGGCCCGUGGAAAGUUAUGAAAUAAAUUAUUCCCGUCCAGAAAUAUCCCAAGCUUGUAAAGCAUUAAUCAAACUUAAUGACUACAUGCACAGAGAAACGACCUGGGCUUUGCAAGAGCAAAAGUUGACGGAGACAAAAGAAACGGAAGAUUGCGCUGUCACUGAUAGGCCCCUGGAUUACGCUCCUUCGAUUACCACGACGGGAUCCGCUUUACGAGAUCAAAGCCCUUCUCGCCUCCCAAAGAAUGACUGUAGCGAUUUGAAAGAGAGAUCGUCCUACAACCUGACGUUAUUAAAUUAUAUGGAUCCUCAACAAAUGCCGUUCUUGAAACAAGAGCCAUAUUUUGGAAUGGGAAAGAUGGCCGUGAGCUGGCAUCAUGACGAAAAUCUGGUCGAAAGGUCAACGGUCGCUGUCUACAGUUAUAGCUGUGGAGAUGACCUGAAUAUGACCCACCAGCACUGUGUUCUAGCAGGCCUGUGUGCAAGAUUCAGUUCUACCCACAGAGUAGCGGAGUGCUCUCAAGGGACCCUUCACUACAUUUUGGGCCAAUGCGAAGCCGCCCUCCAGAACCUGCCUGCCGACACCGAUUUGAAGGGCGCGUCUUUGCAAUCUCUGGAUAUUGCUGUUAUAAAACGAGUGGAGGAAACUCAUAAUGAGGUUGAAUUUGAGUGGCUGCGGCAAUUCUGGUUCCAGGGUAAACGUUACAGAAAGUGUACUGAGUGGUGGAGCAAGCCAAUGGAUUCUCUGGAAGGAUUUUGGAGAACAAUGGAGUUUAUAACAAGCCUCCUGCUCUGUGAAAUCAGAAAAGAAGAACAGAUGGACGAACAAAGAAACCAAAGGAUUGACUGCAUCUUGCCCCUUCUUAUCCGACGGCACGAACUUCGCAAGGAAUGGCAGGCAAGGUGCCAUUCACAACUCGCAGAGUGUUUGCCAGCAGACGAAAAACCAGAAUGUCGUCCAUACUGGGAAGACGAUGAUCCCAAUAUGCCCCUUCCAUUUGAUCUUGAAGGUAUCAUACGUGAACUAGAGAAUCUACAAGAGAAGAUGGAAAGCUAGCAGGACUGUUU